AUGGAGCUGCUUACGAUAGAGAGUUCAAAGGAUCUGUGCAGCGACAAGACUCCUGAGCUCGAUUUUCUGGCUGGGCUGCUUCAAGAUGCAUCGCACUUUCGCGCCCUCAUCGCCAUAUGGGCCUGUUCUGGAUAUGGUGCUGAGCGCGCAGAUACCACUGCGGCCUGCAGUGACAUACAUGCUUUUGGUCUGCAAUUCACAAUUUUACAGCACGGUCAUACAGAAGCCCCGCAAGCUCCAAGCUGCCAGUGCACUACGCCGAACGAAGGCUGCGGCACAAAUUUCCGACCUUCUACGGCAACAAUUGCGUCAAGAAUCUACAAAGCGCACAGCCCGCCGGCGUCACGCGGUCACGCUACUACUUUCAGCAAUACGAUCGCGUGGUGGGUGCGGCCUCUCGACCAUGCACAGGUUCACGCAUGUGGUGAAGAAGCAUCGAUGACGGCAAUGGCCACCUGUGAGCAAUCAUUACUCCUGACACGCACGCAGGAUCCCUGGACGAAAUUCAUCUUGGAAGGAAUGCUAUCCAAGCUUGUGUUGAUGCAAGCUCUACAAACCUUCAUAAAGUCUUCGGAAAGAUUUCGCUGCCAGAAUGACAGGUGCUGUGGCCGAGUGGUCUAA